CAAGGCCCAGUCCGAUGACUCUGGCCCUAUAACUCUGAGCCCCAUCGGAGACUCGGAGUCGGGGGCGCCAGCGUCUCGCCUCGCCGUCAGCAGCAGCAGCAGCUGCACCUCCAUUCCACGGCUUCCGUCGUGCGCUUCGUCUGCACCCACAAAGGCGACGGCGACGGCAGGGGGAGGAGAUGAAGCUGAAGCAGCUGGAGGGCCUCUUGGGUGGCCUGACCCAGUUCUCCGACCCCAAGCUGGAGCUGGAGCAGUAUGCGACGGGCCCUCACAUCGCGUCGCGGAUGCUCUACAUGGCAGAGAAUAGUUUCAAUGACAUAACUGGCAAAGUGGUAGCUGUCGCUGACUUCGGCUGUGGCUGUGGCACUCUGGCUGUGGCGAGUGCUUUACUGGAUGCUGAACAUGUUCUUGGUAUUGAUAUUGACCCACAGUCACUUGAACUUGCUCAAGAAAAUGCUGCUGAUCUGGAGCUGGACAUCGAUUUAGUUUGGUCUGACAUAAAGAACUUAAAUCUGAAAGGCGUCCAUGUUGAUACUGUUGUCAUGAAUCCUCCCUUUGGUACACGAAGGAAUGGAGCAGACAUGGAGUUCCUCUCUAUGGCCUUGCAGGGAAGAGCAAGUGGGAAGUUUUGUCCUUAGCUGACCAAACAAGUUCGUCAACAUAUACCUCUUUUGGCUCAUCAUUUGAGCUACUACUGUCAUGACACGUAUUAUGAUGAGAUGGCUCUUGAAUUUCUAUGCUUCGGCUUUCAUAAGCCAAAGCUUGAUGAUGUAACUAAGCUAGCGAAAAGAACUGUGUGCUACCUAAUUUUUCUUUUAAGUAUGGACGCAACCCAUUGAAAGCUAACUUUGCUAACUGCUUAUCUAUGACAUGGAUCUGAAAACAUCAGUUUCUAGUA